UGUACAGUACAGCAUUCCAUUCUGUGUGAAGGUUGUGGAGGCCAGAAAUCAUUGAAAGCAUGAGGUAAUCAUCCGUCAGCACUCUGGCAGGCCAGGCUCCACUUUGCCGUCGCCCGAUCCUCGAAUGGGUCACGAUGUGGAUGGAUGUUCACUAAAGUAAGGCAAAUAUGGUCUGUAGAACUUAGUUUGAAAUGCUUAGCAUAUCAUGAAUGAUAAUACCAAUGAGUCCACCGACUGCUUCGUCCUUCUCCUAAGCUGGAUUCUCUGUGAUACAAAAAGCUCUCGAGCCUGGGCUCUCCUGAAAAAGAAGUGAUGUCAAGAAUCAUCAACUGAUCCCAUUCAAGAAAUAAUAAUAAUAAAAAAACCUUAAUCGACGAGAAACACUUAUUACCCAUCAUCGCCGGACGGGCGUAUGUACAUGUCAAACUCAAUAAGAACCGCCAUGUCGAGCACGCUUCGCCACGCCAAAAUCACACCGCACCGGUCUGCUGCCCGGGGCCACGCCAACCACGGCUGGCUCGACACCUACCACUCCUUCAGCUUCGCCAACUGGUACAACCCCAACUUCACCCAGUUCGGCUCGUUGCGGGUGCUCAACGAGGACCGGGUCAAGCCCAAUUCGGGCUUCCCGACCCAUCCGCACCGCGACUUUGAGAUCUUUAGCUACAUCCUCUCGGGCGAGCUGACGCACACUGAUUCAACACAACAACAUAAGAGGACGAAGAACAGCAGCAGCAGCCGCAGUGAACAAGGAGAACAGGAGGAGUCCGACCUCUUCUGCAGGGUCCGGCGGGGCGACAUCCAGUUCACGACGGCCGGCACGGGUGUCACGCACGCCGAGUUCAACUACCACCGCGAGGAGCCGGUGCACUUUUUGCAGAUCUGGGUCAUCCCCUGGAAGCGCGGGCUGGCACCGCGGUACGACCGGGCCCGCUUCGCCGACGACGACAAGCGCAGGGGCUUCGUCCCGCUGCUGAGCCCGCUCCGGGGCGGCGUCGACGCGACACCCGCGCAGGAGCGCGCCGCCGAGCCCGUGAUCCCGGGCACCAUCGCCAUCCACGCCGACUUCGUCAUGGCGGCCGGCAUCAUCGCGCCGGGCGGCCGCUUCGAGUACACGGUGGGCGCCAACGCGACCGACGCGGCCAGGCGGAAGGUCUACGUGCAUCUGCCCAUGACCAAGGGCGGGAGAGCCAGGAUCAGGCUGGACGGCAGGGAGGAGGAUGAGGGGGGCGUGCUUGCUGAGGGAGACGGCGCCUUUGUUGAGGGAGUCAAUGCCGGAGACAAGCUUGUCGUGGAGAGCGUGGGCGACGCCGAGGCCGAAGUCAUCAUUCUGGAUACCGCUUAGGGCCAUAUUGCUUGAUAGUGUAGGAGCGAGCUCUGCAUUAAUAACAUGCUGUCGUUGUUCCCUGCAGUCCGCCGCGGUCAUCGCGACGAAACCCAAACCUUCCUCGCCUCGUCC